GUUGAAACGGCUAAAAUCGGCAGAAAGGUAGUAGCUAGGGUUGAUCUUCUUCCGGCGGCAAUGAAGGUUUUCGUGGGGAUGGCGUUUGGUUGGGCUUGUUCUAGGAUAUUCCGGCAUCUCAACUCCGUUCGAACAAUCAAAGCUGCUCAGCAAAAGAAUAUUCCUGAAACAGAGCCACUUGAAUUUACAAAGGAAACAAAAGAUGAUCCACAUGCACAUUUGCUAACGGAGAUUGAAUCCGUUUCCUCAUUUUUGGAUUAUCCGAUCGGAAAAUAUGAAUCGAGUGUAUUUUCAGCCGGCGGCUACAAAUGGAGACUGGUAAUCUAUCCUGAUGGCAAGCAUAUCUCUGCAUACAUUGAAAUGAUUGAUUGUAUCCCUUGUUUGAAGGUUCAUGCAACCUUCAAAAUCUUUCUGUUGAAUCGAACAUCCGACAAUUAUCUUUGUUUCCGAGGGACUGCGGCGACGGACUUUACUAAGUCAAGGGCGAAAUGGGGAUUUCGUAAACUGAUCUCGGAGAGAAUGUUGAGGGAUGCAUCGAACGGGUACAUUGUUGAUGACAAGUGUGUUUUCGGAGCUCAAGUUUCCGUAGUUGGAAGCGCAGCAUCGUUUAUUGAGAUUUCAAUUUCGCAGACGGUUAUAAUAUCCAACAACGGUUUUGAUUCCUUUUUGUUGCUUUUAAAUUUGUAUCUUGGUUGUCUAAUUUUAUGUUAUUGGUGAUUAAGUAGUAGAA